AAGUAAAAUGGAAGCCUGCACUUUGCUCUUCUUGCUUGUGUGCUUAACCCUCCUCCAGCUCCAUAUGCAUGAAGCUCUGUCUAUGCUAGGAAAAGAUCCUACUCAAGGGUUCACCUGUCUUCCUCUCAACAGUUCUAACUUUGACAUCCAAAGACCUUAUGAUUUGGCAGUCAGUGAGAGAUAUAGCUUUAUCAAUGGAAUCCAUAAACUAUGGGUUCUGUCUGAUGACAAACCACUCUCAAUUACAAGCCACACUUUACCACGAACAGAGAUUCGAAUUAAAGCGUAUGGUUAUUCUUCAGGUGUAUGGCAGUUUGAAGGGCAUGCUUACGUCCCAAGUGGGACAUCAGGAGUGUGUAUCAUGCAAGUCUUUGGUUCGAGUAAGAGGGCGACAACUCUGAUGCUAAGGGUCUACAAUGGUGCACUUAUGUAUUAUAGGUCAUUGCUCAUAGCUGAUGAUAUCUACGGGAGAUGGUUCAGAGUGAAUGUGAUCCAUGAUACAGGUGCUGGAUUGGUCAGAGUUUUCAUUGAUGGAGAUCUCAGGCUAGUUGCUAAUGAUACAGGGGGAGCUUCUCAUUACUUCAAAUGUGGUGUUUACACGCAAAAUAAUUGUUCCUAUUUCAUGGAAUCCCGCUGGAAGGGAAUCAAGGUCUUGAAGUUAUCUGAUUGAAACAAGGCGUGAUAGCAUGGCUUCAAAGUAUUUAAUAAAAUUUUGUUUACAAGACUGCCUUGUGUUCAUCUGUGCAAACUGCCAA